AAACCAUACACCACAAGCCUCAUCCUUCCAAAACACAUGGCUCCUCUCCGGUACUAUACCGAUAUCCUCCUCCCUUUCAUCCUCCUGUUGAUUUCCGGCGUCGUAUUUCUUCGCCGGAGAAACGGCCUGCCUAUUAACUGGCCGUUUCUCGGCAUGACGCCGGAGAUCCUCCUUAACAUCCACCAUAUCCAUAACUUCGCUACCGAUUUCCUCAAACUUAGUAACGGUACAUUCUUGCUCAAAGGUCCUAAGUUUGCCAAUAUAGACAUGUUAUUCACCUCCGACCCUGCGAACAUCCACUACAUAUUGAGUAAAAACUUCCAGAAUUAUCCUAAAGGUCCCGAUUUUCGUAGAAUAUUCGAUAUCCUAGGAAAUGGAAUAUUUAACUCUGAUCAUGAGUUAUGGGAACUCCACAGGAAAACAACAACAAUGUCUUUAUUCAAACACCCGAAUUUUCACACGAUUCUGGAAACGACAAUCAAGAACAAGAUAAACAAAGGGCUUCUACCGGUUCUUGACCAUUAUCAUGUGACUGAUUUACAGGAAAUAUUUCAGAGGUUUACUUUCGAUGCUAUUUGUGUGUUGCUUUUGGAUUAUGAUCCUGAAAGUUUGUCGGUUGAUUUACCGUUUGUUCCGUGUGAGAAGGCGUUUACGGAUGCAGAAGAAGCUCUUCUGUUGAGACAUUUUUUGCCGGAGAAAGUUUGGAAGUUGCAGAAGAGAUUUGGGUUUGGGAAGGAGAAGAAGCUAAGUGAAGCUUGGAAAGCUUUUGAUGAAUUUAUAUACAUGUGUUUGUCACAAAAAGAGAAGGAAGACGAGGAGUCGGCGGGGUUGUUAACGUCCUUGAAGAGUGGGUUUAGCGGACAGAUUGGGACAUCAUGCGACUCAAAACAAUUCCUAAGAGACGUCAUACUAAACCUGAUGCUAGCCGGGAGAGACACCACAAGCACAACCCUUUCUUGGUUCUUCUAUCUCCUUGCUCAAAACCCGAGUGUCGAGAACAAGAUCCGGAAAGAGAUCCAAAACAAAACAGGUGGCCGGAAUUGGAAAACUCUAACUAUAAAAGACUUUGAGGGACUCAUUUAUCUUCAUGGAGGGUUAUGUGAAGCCUUAAGACUCUAUCCACCGGUUGCCUUGGAGCACAAAGCUCCAACGAAGGCAGAUGUCCUCCCAACCGGUCAUGUUGUUGAUAAAGAGACGAGGAUAAUUCUAUCAUUUUACUCGAUGGGACGAAUGGAAGGUUUAUGGGGGGAUGAUUGCAUGGAGUUUAAGCCGGAAAGAUGGUUUUCAAAAGGCGUGAAUGGGAUUGGGAUUAAGCAUGAACCGUCGUACAAGUUCCCUGCGUUUCAUGCUGGCCCGCGGACGUGUUUGGGUAAAGAAAUGGGGAUGGUUCAGAUGAAAAUGGUGGCGGCUGCAAUCGUUUGUAAUUAUCGUGUGGAGUUGGUGGAGGGUCAUAUGGUUUGUCCAAGUGAUUCCAUUAUACUCCAAAUGAAAUAUGGCUUGAAAGUUAGGGUGGUCCCGAUCACAACCAUCAACCAAGGUGGUUGAUGGUUUCACAUGUUGAAUUUAUUUUUAUUAAAAGGAAUUUGGCAUGAAUGGAUGCAAUAUCGUUUCUAGUUUGAUGACCAUGACCUUAACGAAUGAUGUAGGUGAGAUAUAUUAUGGUGUAUUUUUAAUGAAUAAUUAAAGGUCUCAACGAGGUUAAUAGUGA